UUCAUCUGCACACGGCGAAGCGUCAACCAAGAAGCACGAGUGAGGAUCCAUUUUGUUUCUACUCAGACUUUAUUGUGUUGACAGGAAGCAGAAAUCUGAGCGGCUGGGACAGCGACUCGCCUGCAGCUCUGCUCAGUUUCUUGGUGGUUUCUCUCCCCGAGUGACGCCAGCAUCCAACCUCACGGUCCAGCUCCGAGGAGACACAGCGACACUUGAGCAGCAGGUAAGAAACACCAAACUGGCACUGACAUCACAGGUUAGUCCUUCACAGGGCGCCAAACUCAGUCCGGCAUCAGAUCAGGGUCAAACUGGCAGAGGCGUGACAGCACACAUCGGGUCCAAUCAGAAUGUGUCUUCAGUGAUUGGUGAACUAACUUGAUUGGAGUAUAAAAGGCUUCGUGUGCACCUGCACAGGUGAGCUCAGAGUGAGCUCUGGAGCGAGUCUGUCUGUUCAUUAGUCAGUUAUAAAGAAGUCCAGGCGCGGGAGGAGGCGGAGUCAAAACGAUGGUUUUUAUCAUGUAAAAAUAAGUAAAAUAUACGACAAGCUAAUUUAAAAAACACCACAGUGGUGACAUCACUCGACUUCCUGUAAGAGUAAUGGAUUACAUGAGCUCAGUUUGUGAGUAUAACGUGACGGCGCCGCCUCCUUCAUCACUGCUGUUUACAGCAUAAGAACAUUCGUCUGUGUCAUUGUUAAUGUUCGUCAGGUAUGAUGUCACUGUGACGCCUGUCAUCACGCCUAAACAAUCAAAUAUAUUUAACUGUAAUUAUGUGAUUUAAUCACUAUUAUUAUUAUUAUUAUCAUUAUUAUUAUUAUGAUUAGAUGUGCUGCGGAGACUGAGGAAAAAAUAUUUCAUGAAAGCUGCAGAAGCAUUACCACGGUGAUAAAAAAGUGACACCUGCAGUCUAUGAAAAAGUAACGAAGCUGUCGUCGUUAUGAAAACAAAGCCAGCGAAUCCUGUAAUAUUACAAUAAUGAAAAAAACGUCGCCAUGUCAGCCAGCUGCAGAGAGACGACAGCUAUGUUAAACAGGUGUCUGUGGGGUUAAAGGUCAGCACAGCCCGAUUCACUUUCAGGCACCAAAAGCUCCUCGUUAGGGCUCAAACUCGCCGUUUCACGGCUGCCUGACAAAUAAGGAGCUGGAGGCGAGCGGUGACCUCGGGGUCAGGGCGCCGGCGUUUACAGCCGCUCUGUCAGCCUCAGACUGAAACACCUGAAGCCAGACUUUGUUCCUCAAUGCAGAAUAAAAAUGUUUAGGAAUUACAUCAGUGACCAUCAUCCACCAGAGGAGGCGCUGCAACAUGAGAUCACAACGAGCUUCAUGAAACUGAAAAUUCUUCUUCUGUUUGUUUUUAGGAUGUCUCAGCUUCCUGUUUUUCCCCGCACGUGCGUCCCACUGCUUUGCAUUCUGGGUAUGAUCUUGCUGACGUCUGGCUUCCCUCAGUCUCGUCUUCCUCUCAGAAGUUCGGAAGAUUCGGAGGAACACAAACGAGUCGACUGGGACGUCCUCUACCCUUCCAUCUCUCUCCGUGAUUGGAGCAUCCAAAUGAUGUCAGCGCCCGGCCUUAGAGCAGCAGCCAACAGCAAAGCAGGACUGAUGAGGGAGGCGUGGCUAUUUGCUCCAGAGGGGGCGGAGACAAGUGUGGAGGGGGCGUGGCCUGCCGAAUGGUCGUCUCCGGGAGCCGGGAUGGCGAAGAGGAACCUGGUGGUGGCCGACGACGCGGCUUUCAGAGAGAAGAGCAAGCUGCUCACCUCCAUGGAGAGGCAGAAGUGGCUCAACUCGUACAUGCAGAAACUGCUGGUGGUGAAUUCGUGACGAGCGCGUCUUCACGGCCCGGUAGCCUCC